GGCAUUGUAUACUUGGGAGACUGCCACUUUAAUUCCCGCUUUAUAGACAAAAUGGGAAAAAUCUGGUACAAUAAUGGCAUAGUCACGGCUAGACAAUGCACGGAAGAAGGCAAUAUAUCUAACGCAAAUAUGGAGCAUCUGCACACAUGCAAAGGAACAAGAAAAGUGUUGGUGAUAUACGCAAGAUGGUAUUAA